GGGAGGUGGGCUCCCGGGAACGGGGUCAGCGCCUCCGCUGUGAGGGGAUCUGCUGGUGCCCCGUGGGGCGGGAGGAGAAGGGGGCUUGCCCCGGCCAGGCCUGGCUUCGUGCCCCGGGCAGGCCUGCCCGCUGCCCCCGGCGGAGGGCCCCUCCCGGGGUCUGCCCGCUUCCUCCGGCCUGGGCGGUACAGGCAGCCCCGUCACCGCGCACCCCUCUCGGGCCCGCCCUGCGGUGCGAGGCGUCCUGGAGUGCUGUGGUGCUGGAGGGUCCCGGAGCGGGGGUGAAGGACGGGGCAGGUGCUUCGCUGGCUGCAGGAAGGUGGAAAUGAAAUGCUGAAGAAACAUGCAACAUGGCAGCAGCCAUGGAAACUGAACAGCCGGGCCUUGAAAUCUUUGAAACUGCAGGCCCUGAGGAACAGGUCCAGAGGGAGGAGCAGCCAAAGCUGGAACCUUUCUAUGUGGAGAGACACUCCUGGAGCCAGCUCCGGAAACUGCUCACGGAUACACGGAAGUAUCAUGGGUACAUGAUGGCAAAAGCCCCUCACGACUUCACCUUUGUCAAGAAAAAUGAUCCUGAAGGACCUCAUUCUGAUAGGAUCUACUAUCUGGCCAUGUCCGGGGAGAACAGGGAGAACACACUCUUCUACUCUGAAAUUCCCAAAACCAUCAACAAAGCUGCUGUCCUGUUGCUUUCCUGGAAGCCUCUUUUGGAUCUCUUUCCGGCUGUCCUGGACUAUGGGAUGUACUCUCGUGAGGAGGAGCUGCUGCGGGAGAGGAAGCGGAUCGGCACCGUCGGGAUCGCCUCCUACGAUUACCACCGGGAAAGCGGCACCUUCCUGUUCCAGGCUGGGAGUGGGAUUUAUCACGUGAAAGAUGGAGGCCCUCAUGGAUUCACUCAACAGCCUUUAAGACCCACUCUGGUAGAGACCAGUUGUCCAAAUAUCCGGAUGGAUCCCAAGCUUUGUCCAGCUGAUCCAAACUGGAUUGCAUUUAUCCAUAGCAACGACAUCUGGAUAGCUAAUAUAGAAACCAGAGAAGAAAGGAGGCUAACAUUUGUGCACAAUGAACUGGCAAAUGUUGAGGAGGAUCCAAAAUCUGCUGGGGUGGCUACUUUCGUGUUGCAGGAGGAGUUUGACAGGUACACUGGCUACUGGUGGAGCCCAAAGGCACAGCCAACACUGAAUGGGGAUAAAAUUCUUCGAAUUCUUUAUGAAGAAAAUGAUGAGUCAGAGGUGGAAAUUAUUCAUGUAACAUCACCCAUGCUGGAGACAAGAAGAACAGAUUCCUUCCGGUACCCCAAAACUGGUACAGCAAAUCCCAAGGUCACUUUCAAGAUGUCUGAAGUGACAAUCAAUGCAGAAGGCAGAAUUGCAGAUGUUGUGGAUAAAGAGCUAGUUCAGCCCUUCGAGAUCCUCUUUGAAGGAGUAGAGUACAUUGCUAGAGCUGGGUGGACGCCAGAAGGAAAAUACAUCUGGGCCAUCCUACUGGAUCGCUCCCAAACUCGACUUCAGAUAGUCCUGAUCCCUCCUGCAUUAUUCAUCCCCACAGAAGAUGAUGCAAUGGAAAGACAGAAACUUAUCGAUGCGGUGCCAGAUUCUGUUACACCUUUCAUUAUUUAUGAAGAAACAACAGACAUCUGGAUAAAUAUCCAUGAUAUCUUCUAUGUUUUCCCUCAAACCCAUGAAGAUGAGAUAGAGUUCAUUUUUGCCUCCGAGUGUAAAACAGGAUUCCGACACCUAUACAAAAUCAUCUCCGUUUUGAAGGAGAGCAAGUAUAAGAGGUCAUGUGGAGGCCUCCCUGCUCCAAGUGACUUCAAGUGCCCCAUCAAAGAGGAGACAGCAGUUACCAGUGGGGAAUGGGAAGUGCUUGGCAGGCAUGGAUCCAACAUCUAUGUUGACGAAGCCAAAAAACUGAUAUAUUUUCAAGGCACAAAAGACUCACCUUUAGAGCAUCACUUGUAUGUUGUGAGCUACGAGGCUCCUGGGGAGGUGAAGCGGCUGACGGAGCGCGGUUACUCUCACGCCUGCUGUGUCAGCCAGGAUUGUGACAUGUUCAUCAGCAAAUACAGUAAUCAGAAGAACCCACACUGUGUGUCACUGUACAGGCUGACAGGACCUGAAGAUGAUGCAGCUCACAGGACAAAGGAAUUCUGGGCUACCAUUUUAGAUUCAGCAGGCCCUCUUCCUGAUUACAUUCCCCCAGAAGUGUUCUCCUUUGAGAGCUCCACUGGGUUUACACUCUAUGGCAUGAUGUACAAACCUCACAAUCUGCAACCUGGAAAGAAGUACCCCACUGUGCUCUUCAUCUAUGGAGGUCCUCAGGUGCAGUUAGUGAACAAUCGGUUUAAAGGAAUCAAGUAUUUCCGUUUGAACACUUUGGCCUCUUUGGGCUACGUUGUUGUUGUCAUUGACAACAGGGGAUCCUGCCACCGAGGGCUGAAGUUUGAAGGAGCCUUUAAAUACAAAAUGGGACAAAUAGAAAUUGAUGACCAAGUGGAAGGGCUGCAGUAUUUAGCAUCCCAGUAUGACUUCAUUGAUUUGGACCGUGUUGGCAUUCAUGGCUGGUCCUAUGGAGGCUACCUCUCUCUUAUGGCUUUAAUGCAGAGGUCAGAUAUCUUCAGGGUUGCCAUCGCCGGAGCGCCCGUCACGCUGUGGAUUUUCUAUGACACUGGUUACACGGAGCGCUACAUGGGCCACCCGGACCACAACGAGCAGGGCUAUUACCUGGGCUCAGUGGCCAUGCAGGCUGAGAAGUUCCCUUCUGAACCAAACCGUCUGCUGCUGCUGCAUGGAUUCUUGGAUGAGAAUGUUCACUUUGCACACACUAGUAUUUUGCUCAGCUUUUUAGUGAGAGCUGGGAAACCUUAUGACUUACAGAUCUAUCCUCAGGAGAGACACAGUAUAAGGGUACCUGAGUCAGGAGAGCACUAUGAACUCCACCUCCUGUAUUACCUGCAAGAGAACCUGGGCUCUCAUAUUGCUGCCCUGAAGGCAAUGUGACUGACCUCUGCAGACCUCUGCUCCACUGGCUGCUUCACCCAACGAGGAGAUGUAGGAAACUAGAGAAAAUAGGAUGGAACAUUGCAUUUUGGUGCCUGCCACAUGUACACAUACACACACGGAGACACUUUUUUAAAAGUAAAUUUGGUGCCAUACAGGAAAUGAAAAUAUGGUGACCUGAUAACUUUAAAGCUUAAGAUGUAAAUAAAAUCAAAUGUCUGUGGUAUAAUGCAGUACCAUGGGUGUUCUCUUGGGGGAGGAGCUGAAACUGAAAAUAAUAUACUUCUACAGCACCAGAUCUUCACUUUUUAAAAGCAUUAUGACACAACUGGUGUAUUUUUAAGGUGUGUUCUUCAGUAUCUUAUUGCAUAAUCCUGGAUGAUUUACUCACUACACAGCAAGAGUUAACCUAAAUGGUUCCAACUUGUAUUAUGUUUAAAUGCUAUCAUAUGGCUUUUAUGCUUCAUGAAGGGGAUGUGUCUCACUCCUUAGAAGCUGGUCACAAGUUAGACACAUCUAGAUGUUAAUUCUUUUUAAGAAGAAGGACUUCUAAGCUGCCUCCUAAAGAAUUUAAAUUCUGGAUUCAGUUCAGUUGAUGCCAGAUUCUUUUUGAUAAUUUCUUCUCUUCCCAGGAUAAAUCAUACUCUUCUUUCUGCAGCUUGAGAUCCUAUCCUGAUUGUACUUGAUUUCAGUGGGAGGUGAAAUGAUAUUUUACUGUGACAUGAGCAUAAUAAUAUUUUAUUCUCAGAUGCAAACUAACUAAAGUCAAAGAACUGAAUCUUACUAGAUUUUAAAACAAGCUUGAAAGCACAGCCCAUUUCUCCUUGACUUUCUUCCCUGAUGUUCCUUCUGGAGCUGGUUUUGCAAUACUGUUUUCUUACUGUCACAUCAGCAUGAUAGAAGUUUAUGCAUCCUGUUACAAUUCUAAAAUUCAAUACUCUAAUUUGAAGGUCUGCAGAGAAUUUGGUGAGGAGAGCCUUUAUGAAACACUACAUGUGAGGCAACAGGAACUAUUUCAUUGCAUUUCCUGCUUUAUUUGAGGGACAAUUUUCCAGGUUCGUGCUCUGUUCAGUCCUCCAUUCCUGGGCCCAUUCUAGCACUGCUGUGUAGCAUGAGUAUGUAUUUAAGAACCCCCCUUCUGUGUAGCUUAUGGGAACCCCACUAAGCCUCAGCAUAUGCAAUCCCACGUGUGUUUUUGCUGGUGAGGUUUUAAGGAAGCAGCAGGCUUGGCCGAGAAGCAUCGUUGGUGUGUGAAGUCACUUUUAACUUGCAACAGGACAUUUAAGAUAGAAACCCAUAGCAAAAUGAUUCUCUUUAAUCCAGGAAAAUCUCCCCUUGGGGUUUGCCUCCGAAACUCCUAAAAGUUUUAAUGGUUUUCUUAGAAACCUAAGAACUUCCUUUUCCUUCUGUUUUGGUGCUAGAGAGAAGCAGAGCAUGAUUUUCUUUUCAUCUUUUGAAAGUCUGGAAUCACUCUUGGUGUUUAUUAUCUCAGUACUCCACAUGUUGUAACCUUGUGUUUUCCAGGCUUUUGUACAGUUCAGCUUGAUCCUAAAACUCUGGGAUUUCACACAAUCUGGCUGUAGUGGCUCAAACUGCAUCAUUUUUCAGUUAGGCUGCUGGGCAACGUGCACCAAAGCUCUUGGGGCUGGUGCAGUUACACGGUUGUAAAAUCCGUGUGUGAGAACUGGGGCUGUUUUUUGGCUUACACAAAAGAAGGCCAAAGCAAACAGGCAUGCAGUGAAUGCAAGUUUCCUCCAAGGUGGGAAUGUUUGGGUUGGGCUGUUUUCUGGUUUUCAGAUCACAGUGAUUAUAAGCAGAUCAGUUAAAAUACCAUUAGCAGGUCAAUAACAGGCUUGCAGUUUUAUUUUGGGAAGGGCACGACAGGAAGGAGCCCAGCUCCUGUAAUGUCUUCUCUUAGUAGCUGCUUGUGAGGGAAGUGAACCCAGCAUCCCUAUGGAAUGUGCUAUGGAUACGUGUGCUGAUACAUUUGAACUAGAACAGCACAGCAGUGAGUAGAGACAAGUGUAACAGUUUGUAUGGAAUUCCAUUGUGUUUAUGCUGUAUUAUAUAUACAUAUAUAUACAUAUAUCUAUAUCUGUGCAUAUAUAAAUAUAUGUAUAAAAUUACCCAUGGAUAGUAUCACCUUUUCCAGGGUUGUUUAUAUUUUGUUGACUAUUAAAUUAAAUUGCUUUUUGGGUGUUUCUGUUCUUUUUCUAGAGGUGAUUACCCUUGAAUGUAAAUGCAUAUGAUUUUUAAGAUGAAACUGAUGCUUUUGUUUAAAAAACAGAGCAAAAAUGGCCUUUAUCAAGCAGUGCUUUUUUUGGGAACUGAAGAGCUAAAUGUUAUGCAAGCAAACCAGGCUAGGUUUUGAUUUAGCACAGGGUGUGAUUAUAAUUGCUGACACAUAACUUUUUAAGAAUGCAUCCUUCCAUAGUUUUAAAUAUAUAUAUUGAAAAGCUGUUAAAGUACAAUGUACUGUAAGUACUGUAUUUUGCAACAUAAAUUAUGUAUUUCUUUCCUACUUUUUUUUUUCUUUUUACAGUAGUUAAGCACUUUAAGACCCCAUGCUCUUAUCCUGUGGAUGUGCUGGGAGGAUUUAUCACCAGAGUUUUGUAGUUCUUGCAAAAGGCACCUGCUUGUAGGUGAAGGUUUGAGAGAUGCCUUCCAUGAGGUCUGAUCCAGCCCUGCACAGUCAAUGACUGAGUUCCCAGUGACAAGGGAAGGAGGGCAAAGCCCAUUGCAAUCAGGACUGCAGAGGUAGGAAGGUAUUAGUGCUGAGGGCUGUUGCAUCAGUAUUUUGGGGGGGAAAAAUGGUCCUGCACUUUGUGAGGUGAAGUGUUGGUCUGGCAUGGAAAACAGUGGCUUUGACCUGCUCUGUGCUGCUGGAGUUGGCUACUCUGGGAUGAGGUUGUACCUUGUAGUCCAGGAGAUGGUGGUGUCACUCAAGAAGAUGGUUCCAGCCUGUUUGAUAUUUGGGAUUAUCCUUUCUCACUUUCUGCAUGUUAAAAAAUGUCUUGGUUAACGGAGUUUUAAGCAGAACUAGUGAGAUCUGAGGGAAGUAUGUGCAAGGGAGGUUAUGGAGAAAAAAAUGUGUGAGGAGAAACCAUCCCUGUUGCUCCCAAAACAGACAUUUUAUGUCCCCUUGGGAGAUCUUCUGCCUUCAGGAGAGGUCUGCUGUGUGCCCAGUAGGACAUCUGCUCUGAGCAGGAGCAGGAUUGAACCUUCAUUGCGUGGUGAAAAUUAGUUGCACAGGUAUCUUUGAGAUGAAUGUUUUAAUUUCAUAUAUUUUUUUUUAAAGAUAUAUGAAACAUGGGGAUCAGAGUGAUGAGAUACUGAAGUUGCUGAGUGUUGCUGCUAGUAGUUUCUUGUCAUUUCCAGUGACUGGGGUUGGUGGGGGUUGUUUCUGGGGGAAGCAAGUUCUUUCACCCUAUAUGAAGGCAGCUUCCAGUAAUUCCUCUUGAGUGUGCAAUGCUCAAAGCUGUUGGGUUUCACCCUUUGCAUUGGAGUUAGACCCCCUACUCUGCCCCUUUGUUUUCAAUUAUCUCUUUUUAUUCAGAACAAAGUAGAAUUAGUAACUGUCCAGAACUGCUUAAUUUUUAUAAACUCAGUUAACUUGUUUGUUAAUCAAAUAACGAGUUUAAAGCACCAAGUAAAGCUUUUAGAAUCUACUAACUUAGUUACAUUAGAAUGGAAAAUGCAUUCCCUAAUUAUUGGUGAUAUUUUGGAACAGGCUCUGGAAAGACUUUCUGAGCAGGAUGGUGUAGUAAUCCUUUAGCCCUGGAGCACCAAACCUCUGAGCCUGUGUGGCAAAGCACAGAGAAUUCACCAGCUCUGAGCCCGGGGAUCCCAACCCUUAUUCCUGCCAGGAGAAGUGGGUCGUGUUCCUGCUGUGUGUGUCUGUGUGUAAGGCAGGCUGGUUUGCUGCUGGUGUGAUGCUCAACUUUUGACGAGGCAAUAAUGAAGUAUAAAUAAAUAACCAAUCAGAUUAGGACACUGCCUUGAAUUGCCUGUUUACUUGAGAACCAGAACCCUGUAAAGACUUCUUGUGUGUCCCUGACGGUUCUCCGGACCGCUCCUUUGGAAGGGGAAGAGAGAUCUUCAUGUGGUUUUUACUUGGAUGUUCUGCACAGUAGAAGUUCAGGUGUUUAAUUUUAGAACAUGAAGUGCCUGCUGUUUGCGUUAACAAAAUUGCAUGUCUCACUCCAGUGGGUUUAUUGGCCUCUCUCCCUCUCCCCCCCACCUUUCCAGCUACAUGGCUUUUAAUCAUGUAAAGUGGAGACUUCAGUUUUGCUGCGUUUUAUUACAAAACCUUUGUUGCAAUAAAGAUGCUGCUAAAUAAAUUGAAUUAAAUGUUUUCCCCCCUCCCUCUA